AGACAGGUGGCGCUGUUAAAGGAAGUGGGAUACAGCAGAGGACGCUAGGCGCCAUAAAUAAUCAACCUUAAAAAAAGAUUUAAUUUUCAUCAAGAAUGGCAUCAGCCUGGGUUAUAAUUGGUCUAACAGUGACUGCUGUAGCUUUCGUGUGUUCAAUUGUCUCAUAUACCAUACCAUUCUGGCUGAACGAAUCGAACAGUCAUUUGGGUUUAUGGGCAAAGUGUAGAGGUCGGAAAUUCGAAAGAGAUUGGGAAUGUGACUGGUACUGGGAAAAUAACUUCAAGGAGGCCAAAGCGAAACCGAUAUGGUGGCAAGCAUCUAUGGGCUUAAUGGGUGUUGGCGUAUUGCUAUUGUUUAUUACAUUUCUUAUAGGUCUAACGGCUUUAUGCUGUUGUAAAUCCGCCGUUAAAUCCGGUUACUAUAUCUCCCUCUUUUUAAUGCUGGCCUGUAUGCUACAUAUCGCUACCGCUGCUACAUUCUACGGUUUUGGACAUGAAAGACGAGCAAUACUGAGAGAAGUGUUGGUUAUACUAGUGGCCAUUGGGAUAGCGUUGUUCGUCGUGAAGAUGAUGGUAAUUAGAGGACUGGAAGUUAAAGACCUAAGUAAAAGUUUCGACUGGGCAGUAUGGUUAGGAGUCGGUGGUGCAUUAUCAGCGCUCUUGGCUUCAAUUCUCUUUACUUGCGCCGGUUGCGGAGCUAGUUACGAAGGUUAUUACCGCGGCGACGUGUAA